AGCUCCGGGCGCUGGUCUGCUCUCGCUGUUUGAAAGACGGUGACAGCAUCCUAGAAGUAUCCGGGCGGGAGCCUCGCGCUGGGGAGCGCACCCCGAGGGCUGGCGGCCAGGGGCCCGAGCCGGGCGAGACCCAGGCGCCAAGCGCCCGCGGCCGCCAGACCCGCCCGCAGCGGGGCUCGGGAGGAGGGGCCGGGGCGGGGUCCCGGCGGGCGGUGCGUCUGAGCCGGAGCCUCGGAGCCGCCCGUCCCGGCCGCGCCCCGAGUGCGACUUGGAAGUGCCCGCGCUGGGGCAGCGGGCAGCGGCCACCCGGCGCGUCCGGAGGAGACGCUGAAGGUCGCGGGCGAGGGAGCGCCUAGUCACCUGACCCCCGCGCACCUAGGCGGGGCGGGGCGGGGCGGGGCCCAUGCGCGGCGGGCGGCUGGGGCCGGGGCGCGGGGGCCGGAGCGGGCGGCGCGGGGCCGGGCCGGCGGGGGCGCGCUGCUGGCGGGCGAGGGCUUGGCCGGGCACCGCCGGCGGCCUCGCCAUGUCCCAGCCGGCCGGGAGGAUGCACUGCCGGAAGGCGGGGAUCCGCGCUGCCGUGGUGCUCAUCGGACUCCUGCAUAAAUCCCGAAAGCAGAAUAAAGAGAAAAGGAAGCAGGAGCUGGCCAACAGCUCGGAUGUAACUCUCCCAGACCGACCGCUGUCCCCUCCUCUCACUGCACCUCCCACCAUGAAGUCCGCGGAGUUCUUCGAGAUGCUGGAGAAAAUGCAGGGGAUCAAGCUUGAAGAGCAGAAGCCGGGACCCCAGAAGAAUAAGGAUGAUUAUAUCCCAUACCCCAGCAUUGAUGAGGUUGUGGAGAAGGGAGGCCCGUACCCUCUAAUCGUCCUGCCCCAGUUUGGGGGCUACUGGAUCGAGGACCCGGAGAAUGUGGGCACACCAACCUCACUGGGAAGCAGCAUCUGUGAGGAGGAGGAAGAGGAUGGCCUCAGCCCCAGCACAUUCGGCUACAAGAUGGAGUGCAAGGGUGAAGCCAGGGCCUACCGAAGACAUUUCCUCGGAAAGGACCACCUGAACUUUUACUGUACUGCCAGCAGCCUGGGCAACUUGCUCCUGUCCAUCAAGUGCGAGGAGGCUGAGGGCAUUGAGUACCUUCGGAUCAUUCUCAGGUCCAAGCUGAAGACAGUACAUGAGCGCAUCCCCUUGGCUGGACUGAGCAAGUUGCCCAGUGUCCCUCAGAUUGCAAAGGCUUUCUGUGAUGAUGCCAUGGGGUUGAAAUUCAACCCUGUCCUGUACCCCAAGGCCUCCCAAAUGAUUGUGUCCUAUGACGAACACGAUGUGAACAACACAUUCAAAUUUGGGGUCAUUUACCAGAAAGCCAGGCAGACUGUGGAGGAAGAGCUCUUUGGGAACAAUGAGGAGAGUCCUGCUUUCAAGGAGUUCUUGGACCUGUUGGGGGACACAGUCACACUGCAGGACUUCAAAGGUUUCCGAGGAGGCCUGGAUGUGACCCAUGGACAGACCGGGCUAGAGUCAGUGUACACAAUAUUCCGGGACCGAGAGAUCAUGUUUCAUGUCUCCACAAAGCUGCCAUUUACUGAGGGAGACGCCCAGCAGCUCCAGAGAAAGAGACACAUUGGGAAUGACAUUGUGGCUAUAAUCUUCCAAGAAGAAAACACACCGUUUGUCCCAGAUAUGAUUGCCUCCAACUUCUUACACGCCUACAUCGUCGUACAGGCCGAGAGCCCGGGCCAGGAGACCCCAUCCUACAAGGUCUCUGUCACGGCAAGGGAAGAUGUGCCUGCCUUCGGCCCACCGCUGCCCAGUCCCCCUGUUUUCCAGAAGGGCCCAGAGUUCAGAGAGUUUCUGCUCACAAAGCUCACCAAUGCAGAGAAUGCCUGUUGCAAGUCAGACAAGUUUGCAAAGCUAGAGGACCGGACAAGGGCUGCCCUCCUAGAUAACCUUCAUGACGAACUCCAUGCUCACACACAGGCCAUGCUGGGAUUGGGCCCAGAAGAGGACAAAUUUGAGAAUGGAGGCCACGGAGGGUUCCUGGAAUCUUUUAAGAGGGCCAUCCGCGUGCGCAGUCAUUCCAUGGAGACCAUGGUGAGCAGCCAGAAGAAGCAACAUGGUGGGAGCAUUCCUGGCAGCCUCAGCGGGGGCAUCUCUCACAACAGUGUGGAGGUCACCAAGAGCACCUUCUCGCCUCCGGUAACAGCAGCAACAGUGAAGAGCCAGUCUCGGAGCCCCAUCAAGCGGCGGUCAGGCCUCUUCCCCCGCCUGCACACGGGCUCUGAAGCCCAAGGGGACAGCCGGGCACGAUGUGAUAGUGCAUCCAGCAAUCCCAAGACCCCAGAUGGUGGGCACUCUUCCCAGGAGAUAAAGUCCGAGACCUCCUCUAAUCCCAGCUCUCCGGAAAUCUGCCCCAACAAGGAGAAGCCCUUCAUCAAGCUGAAGGAGAAUGGCCGGGCCAACAUCUCCCGAUCCUCCUCCAGUACCAGCAGCUUCAGCAGCACAGCUGGGGAGGGCGAGAACAUGGAGGAAUGUGACAGCGGGAGCAGUCAGCUGUCCACAACCUCACCUUUCAAGCAGGAGGUGUUUGUCUACAGUCCGUCCCCGAGCAGCGAGAGCCCCAGCCUGGGGGCAGCUGCCACCCCCAUCAUCAUGAGCCGGAGUCCUACCGAUGCCAAAAACAGAAACUCCCCGAGGUCAAACCUGAAAUUUCGCUUUGAUAAGCUCAGCCAUGCCAGCUCCAGUGCGGGUCAUUAAUGUGAAAGAGGAGUCCCUCGUCUGUGAAAGGGAAUCCUCGAUUCUAUCUCGGAGAAGGCUCCUAGUCCAGCAGUUUGGGGGUGCCACCCACUACUCUGAGCGUCACUGGCCACCUGCCCACUAGACCAGCUGUCUGUCCCAGUGUCCUGACCUGGCCACAGCCCUGCCCACCUCUACGUCAAGACACCCAUCCUGCAAGCACUUCCCCAUCUCUGAACAAGGCCUCCAGGCUGUUCCUGCUCCUGACUGCCUGAUGUGACUGAUGUGUGUCUUGGUCAUUUGUCAUCUUGAUUUGUUUUCAGGGAAUAGAGUUGGGCAAAAGAGGGGGACCUAGGGGACUGAGUUUAGAUAGAGUGGCCAGGCAGAGAUAGAGGCCGAAUCCACGACACUGCACCCAGGUUGGGGGGUGGAGGGCGACACUAUGCCUCAUCUCAGUGCUGACCUACACACUGUUGGCAUGGUGAGUGCAUUCCAUGGUGCUGGAGUGAGCACUUUUCCUGCAGCCAGGCUUGUAUUAGUCAUGGAAGAUGUCCUAAUAGAAACUGGCUUGCUUCCUCCCCUGACUCUGGAGCUCCCAAACUUCUGUUUGCUUCUGUGCUUGAAACUUCUCCAUCUGUUGACAUCAGGCCGAGGGCCCCUCCAUCCCGACUGCCAGGGUUUCUGGCCUGUUGAAGCUGAGAGCUGUGUGUGUGCAGGGCUGGGUGCUGCCCUCACUCUUCCUUGAUGGCAGCUGGGACUUUCACUUCUGCCUCAUGUCCUGCAGGCUUCUGCUUGUGGUUACUGUGGGAGAAACACUGUGUCAGGCUCAAGUCUCUGAGCAGAUAUUUUUCCCAUGAAGGGACAAGCAGACAGGAGUGAGAAAGAAAUGAGGGGAGCGCAAGCCAGUAGGAAUUGGGACCUUGGCUGAAGAGAAUCUCAGGGCGAGGGCUAGGCCAGGGUUCAGAUCUCUGCUGGUGGUGAAAGCUCAUGGAAGGGGUAAAGAGUGAUUUCAGUUCAUCUCUCAAGUAGGAGCCACAGAGACCAGGUGGGGCUGACUCUGCAGGUUUGGUCAGGCCUCAUGUGUGGGCAGAGUAGAGCACAAGUGUGGGAAGGAGAACAGUCCCUCUGCUGUUUUUUCCCCUGUUCCUGUGGGAGAGUCCCAGUGCUUCCUGGGGUGGGGAGGGGGCUCUUUUCAGCUACUGUGUGUGUGCCCUUGGACCCAUCUGGGCUUUGGUCUCUCAGUCCUCUCUUGUCUUUCUCCAACUGGGUCUUGUGGUAGUUGUCACAUCAGUGGGAUUCUGCAAGCUGGACCCUAUCUGGGUGUCUUAGGCCCAGUCUGUCUCCUGCAUCCAGCUGGAGCUUCCAGCACAUUCUACAGAGCAGGUCUCUCCAGUCUCACGUAUCUGAGUCUGUAGUACAAUAGGUGGGUUCUGCUAAGUGGCCCUGGUGGGGUGUAAGGUGAAACAGGCGUCUGAGUGCAGACCCUCAAAGGUACUACAGCUUCACAUACAUGUGGGGACAUGGGGCCUCGCGGCACAAGGCUGUCAGGGUGACCCUGACUGGGGCCCUGAUUUAAUGAGCAGGUGACAUGGAUUUCCAAUGAAAUGCUUUGUGUUGGAAUCUGGGCCUAUUCCAAAGGCAGGUGUAUAAAUGGUGUGUGUAUGUGUGUGUGUGUGUGUGUGUGUGUGUGUGUGUGUGUGUGUGUGUGUGUGUGUGUGUGUUCACGCGCGUGCACGGCUGAUGCAACGACUCCCCCCUCCUUCUCCCCCUCUCCCAUUGCUUUUACUAGUAGAGCAAAGCUUUUGCUCUUCCUUCCACCACUCGUGGUGACAUUGUGGGAUCCUGUUUGUAGGCUGGGUGGACCUUUCCCUGUGUACUUUUGGGAAAUGUGUUUACUUAAAGUACUAGUCCAGUAAAAUUUAUUCUAGUUAGAAGGUCAACAAAAUGUCUGUUUAGCUUUUAUUAAAAAUCACUGUAGCAGCACUGACUCCUGGAAUGAGGCCCGUGGAUCCUGGCAGGCUUUGGUUAGCUGGGUUUUUGAGGGAACUUGAAAGGUCAAAUUGCAUUUCCUAAAAUAAAUAAAUAAAGAAAGAGAGAAAGAAAGAAAGACCCCAACUAUACCAGGGCUCUGGCUCUCUUCUUUGGAAAGCUGGUAUUUAUAGCUGCUUGGUGCUUGUGCUGUGCUGUGUCAUGGUCUGGGGGCCCUCUAGGGUUUCUAGCUUAUCCCUCCUCUGUCCUUGAGAACCUUGUACUUACCUUCUCUGUUGCUCUGCCUGCUCCCCUUGGAGCUCCCACUUCCUGGGAGGGCUUUGUCUCUUCCUCUGAGCCUGUGGCCAGAGUGAUUGAGUGUCCAGAGAAACUGUAAAGGACAGGCAUGGACCCUAUACCAGCUGAGAAGUGGUCUCCACCCUCUGUUUGCUAAGAGGGCUACUCUGGGUAGGACCCAAAACCUCCCUCCUCUAGACCAUGAGGCCGGCAGCCUGAGAGAGGAGGAGGACCUUGCUAGGAUUUCCAUGUGUGUUAGUGACUCGAAAGUGGUGUUUCUUGAAAAAUGUUCUGUGGCACAGCCUUGAAAGCAGCAUCUCAGUGUCUAAGCCUCCUGGGGCCCUUGUAGCAUCGGAGCCAGUCAUGUUGUUUAGAUUUGUUCCUUGAAUAAAGUGGCUGCCUUUCCCAGACCCGAGUUUUAGAGAAACCGUUUGGCUGGGAUCCCAACACUGCCUGGUAAAUAUCAGUAGUCAAAGUAGGGGCUUGGUGUCUGUUCUUUUCACCAGGAGGGAGGUCUUGGAUUUUUUAUUUUAUUUUAUUUUUUCAGAGCCCAAGGGUUUCGGAUGGACUUCAGAUGAGAGAGCAAGGAGGGAAAGGAACCCCAGUGAAUGCAUCUAAGUGGCAUUGCCUCUCAGCUGUAGCCUGCACUGGGGGUGGAGUCCAGUGCAGAGAUGCAAGGAGCCAACCUUUGGCUUCUCCCGUUUCAGUUAAUUAAGAACAGAAGUAAAAGAAAACUCCUCAAGUCUCCCUGGUCCUUAAACAAAGGUGGUUAACAAAAACAUAGGCUCAAGCGACAAGGUAGGAAGAGAGACUGUUUUACUGUCUCCCGCUGUCCCUUUAGCAUGCCAACUCAAACACUACCAUCUUCAUUCAACUCUGAGUCAUGAGACAGGUCUGGGGGGUCGGGGAAUGGCUGAGGGCUCACAUUGAUCUGAUGACUCCAAGUGGCUGGCAGGGACCAGGCCCUUCUGUCAUGCUCGGGACUCCACGCUUCCUCCUCCAGUCUAGUUACCUUUGUUUCAAGGGUGAGAUGGCAGUGGAAUUUGUCAAGUGUGUGACUGCAGCCUGGUGGGAAGGGUCAGGGCCUUUGUCUACCAAGUUCCGAUAUGUUUUACUGUCAGUCAUCUGCCCACUCUCACAUCUCCCCUCUUUCAACUGGGCCGUGCCCUCAUCCCACCCUACUCCCGCAUCCGCAUCCUGUCCCACCCCCACCCCCAGCUCCCUUGGCAAAGGUUAGCAGAGCCCUACCUAGUGACAGGAUGUUGGGGGGCUCUCUCCUGACAGGAUGCUGGGGAGCUCUCUCCCGUGUCUUACCAGCCCUGGAGAGAGGGUGUUUGGCUGGAAGACUGGGAUUUCAAUGCCAUGGUCUUUUGAUGUUGUGACAUUUCUGCUUGGAAGACUUGCUCCCCACCUUCCACCCCAAUGCACUCCCUUCCUGCUCCAUAGCAUGUGUGCCCACUCUGUCCACACUCCAGCCUGGGGAGUGCUGCUAUCUCAGUGUGAAGAGCUCUUGUGUGUGAUAGAACCUGAGAAGUGAUAGCUUGAAAACGAUGAUCCCUGUGAUGAUUGACUUCCCCCUCCCCCCCUUUUUCUUCUUCUGGAGAAAGAGGAGCUGAUUCGUAGACCUUGACUGCCUAUGUCCUGUAAAUAGUGUACAUUUAAUUUAUUGCUAUGGUAGCACAUUGUAUUUGUUCAUGUAUAAACAAAUUCUAAAAGGUGGACAAAUGUAUAUUUUGUUGCUUAUAUGUGUCUUUGCAGAAAUUGACAAUAAAUAACAUAUUUUGUGUCCA